AUCAAUAAGCGUCGAAGAGCUACGUAGCAAUCAGAAAAACGUGACACAAGACCUGUCGAGCCACCUACGCUCUUGCUGCUGAUUGGCGUUACGCAGGUAUCCGGCUAUUAUUUAAUACCGCAUGGCUCAUUCAUCAAGACUGGAUCUGGCUGUAGGACGAGUCAGUUUCUGCUCAACUCUGCACCAGGGCGCACGCUGCUGACUCCUUUACUUGAUAUUUUUGUUCGCCAAGAACCAGUACUAAAAAUGAAAAGAGGUCUGCUUCUGAUGACUUUGUUCCUCAUCGUUAAACUUCGGUACAGCCAGUCCAGAUGGGAGGACAGCGGCUCGCGCAGAUCAGCUUUGGACACUAUAAGCGUGGAAGAGCUGAAGCGAAACAAUCUGAAGAGGUACACUGACUUGGAUUAUGACAGCUUUGUGGGGCUGAUGGGCAAAAGAAGCGAUGAGGCUGAUGCUGUGCAGCCACCCCGAAAAAGGGAAAUGGAUGACAUAUUUGUGGGUCUUAUGGGAAGAAGAAACUCGGAGUCUGAUAAUGGUGAAUGGAGGAGAGAGUAUCCAGAAAGGAGAGGGGUUUUUCUCAACAAGUCCAGGCUGAGGUUACUCCAGGGACUGUAGACUUUCAGGCUGACACGGCUUUCAUUUGGUUACGAUGAAAGAAGAUCACAGAGAAACAAACGUCCUGAUGAAAAUACCGCACUACAUCUGAUGGCUGGAUAAUGAAAGUGACCACACAUCAACCAGAUUGUAACUGUUUUACCUGAAACACAACGAAUAAUUACCUGUGAUCAUUUCUAUUUCUUUGUUAUGUAUUCUCUUUGUCAAAAGUUCCAAAUAAAUGUAAUUUUUAUAAAUAAUUGAUUCAUUUCACUUCCAGCAUGUGUAUUUUCCUAUAGAUGAGUCUUUAAAUGUGACAGCAGUAUCAUUCAAACAGACCAGAUGGUUUAAAUUUAACAUGACAUGUGGUAUUGGCUAUAAAUGUGAUUUAAAGCGCCCCUAGAGAGGCACAGACUAUACAAUCCCAUGCAGCAAUUCAUGUCAGUAAAAGAAUCAUAUUUGGUUGCAGAGUUUCCAUUUCUUUCAGAAAUGUUGCGUCUUCCCCAGAUUGGAUUUAAAGCUGAUUGAGUUGAAAAAAAAUUAAGCAAAAUUCAAACU